GUUCUAGUUUGUACGAUGAAUGCGUCAAGAGAGGUUGUAGUGAACAUGGCGUCGAAAGAAGAAAGCGAAGAACUCCGAAAAAGAACUCGGGAAGUGCCUUCCUGGGCUCCUGGUCAACCAGAUUACGAUCCAAGGCUACCCUAUGGACCUAAAGUGUACCUACCUCGGAAGAAAAAGCCCGAUCCUUGGUGGGUCACGUCGAUCGAGGUGUCGGUCGUCAUAGGAGUCUUGCUGUUCUUCUUGUACAUGUACUACUAUAUAGAUCACCUUCAUUUCCAUGUCGUGCAUGCUUAUGCAUAUGCUGGAAGUUCCCAUGCUCAGCAUAAUCUUGGCCAUAAAUAUCUCAAAGGACAUGGUACAAAUAAAGAUGAAGAAAAAGCGAUGUACUGGUUCAGAGAAGCAGCAAAGAAUGAACAUCCACAUGGUGCAUACAAUCUUGUCGCAGGGCACAUUCAAGGAUAUAAGACUGAUGUUGAAGAGCAUGAAAUUGAACCUUUGUUGCAAAUGGCAGCAGACAAGGGUGUUGACGAGGCAAAAAAGGCAUUAAAAGAUCUGUACCCACACAAAUAUUCCUGACAGCUAUGAGCCUUAAUAAUAGUAUCAAAAUGAAAAUAUUUAUGAAAGCUAUAUCAGCAAGUACAUCUAGAUGACUCACUGAUCUGCAGCUGAACAAGACCAUUGAAGGAUUUUGUAUUUCACGUACUUAGGCACACAUACAGAGGUUGGGCUUCCUGUGGUACUGCAUGUCUCAUGUAUCUAGAGUUUUGACAAAACAAUAUUGUAUUGCUGCUGGAAUUUUGACAAUAGUGCUUGAAUAUCAUUAUUUAUUGUCAAACAUAAACACACUUACAAGAUAUUAGGAUUUAUUAAGUCUAUUUAUAGAAGAGCUUAGUGUCUUAUUGAGCCAUAAUAAUUAGUGUGCUAGAUCUAGAUGGACUGUGCAGGCACAUUUUUUGUAUUGAUAAUUACCACGUUAUGACCUUCUCCAAUCAGCUUUCUCUGUCUGUUCUUAAGGGCUGUUAAUCAUUUAUUGUGGAGGAAGGAGAGGCUGGUUGGAUGCGAAAUAAGGAGGGGGGAAUGGGGAGAGUGCUGAAUUUUUUCCCAUUCAAUGGCAAGGCGAAGUUAAAGGAAGCAAAUAAUGGGUUGGGUGUGUUUUGGCACCCCAGGUUAAGCACGAACCCAGUUCCUUGGGUUCAGAGACAAAACACAAGCUGCACAGUCAUUGGCAUGCUCUAAAAUAUAAUAUAAUUGUUGAAUGAAUAGCAUCCUUGAGAGGGUACCACUUAGAGACCCAGGUGUCUGGGGAAGGGUGGCAAAACCCUUCUGCAACCUUCACAGCCUUCCUCCCUACAACAACACAGUAACAUGAUCAUUAUAAUAAGUUAUUUAUAUGUAAAAACAUGAUAAAAAGGGGGUAAUGGUGCACAAAUUGUACAAGCAUGAAAAGAUUAUCAAUAAAAUAUCACAAAAAAUCUAA